AUGGCCGGCGUACUGGGCCUCCUCUACAAGUCGGUGGUGCCGGCGGCGGUGGGCAUCGCGAUUGUACAGGCGUCCAUAUACGACGUCCGGGGCGGUUCGCGGGCGGUCAUUUUUGACCGGAUGGCGGGCGUGAAGGAGAAGGUGAUCAGCGAAGGCACGCACUUUCUAGUGCCAUGGCUGCAGCGCAGCAUCGUCUUUGACGUCCGGACGAAGCCGCGCAACAUCACGACGACGACGGGCAGCAAGGACCUGCAGAUGGUCAGCCUGACGCUGCGGGUGCUACACCGGCCCGAGGUGCAGGCACUGCCCAAGAUCUACCAGAACCUGGGGACGGACUACGACGAGCGCGUGCUGCCGUCGAUCGGCAACGAGGUGCUCAAGGCAAUCGUGGCGCAGUUUGACGCGGCCGAGCUGAUCACACAGCGCGAGGCUGUCUCGAACCGGAUCCGCGAGGACCUGACCAAGCGCGCGCACGAAUUCAACAUCGCCCUCGAGGACGUCUCCAUCACCCACAUGACCUUUGGCAAGGAGUUCACCAAGGCCGUCGAGCAGAAGCAGAUCGCACAGCAGGAUGCCGAGCGCGCCCGCUUCAUCGUCGAGCGCGCUGAGCAGGAGCGCCAGGCGAACGUCAUCCGCGCUGAGGGCGAGGCUGAGAGCGCCGAGACCAUCAGCCGCGCCAUUGCCAAGUAUGGCGACGGUCUCGUGCAGAUUCGAAAGAUUGAGGCCAGCCGCGACAUCGCCCAGACCCUGGCCAGCAAUCCGAACGUGUCGUACAUUCCCGGCGGCAAGCAGGGCGGCUCCAACAUCCUCCUGAAUGCUGGCAGGGCAUGA